AGGCUAUAGCUAGGUGAGUUGUGUUUUUAUGUAUAAAGAUCCGGAAAAAUCUAUCAAACUUCAGAGACUGAUACCAAGUUAUAUCGAUUUUAUAAGGAUACGAAGCCUAGAAGGCUUCUUAGCAUUAGUUGGACGUGGAUUCGAUUUUGUAACAUAUUCGUACGCUGUAACGUCGAUGAUCUGGAGAUUCUUACUGUUUUGUCGACUGCAAGAGUAAACUGGGAGAAGCAGAGACGGGGUGGAGGAAUAGCCGUGAUAUUCGAAUCAUUUGUGGAUUCCUCUGCAGGAUAAAUUGAGAUAACGAAUAUUUCCAGCGAUCGCUGGCCUGAACUUGUCGUGAAUACCAAUGAUAGUUUGAACAGAGGCCCAGAAGAACUCAGCUGCGCUGACAGACAAUGGAGGCUUCUACAAACGGUUCCAGCUUUGGGAUUGACUCCUUACUUUCCCACCGACCCGGGAGUCCGGUCACAUCGAAAGGGGACAGUUUGGUUGGGGAAUGCCGGUCACCGCUUGAGUUCAGCCCGAGGUCCGACAUAGAGAGCGGCUGCUCGUCCCCCCCUUCACCGAGGAGAGAGUGCGUGGACGAAGUAUCACAGAGACCGGGUCACGGUAUGGCUCUGCUGCCUCAUCUCCAGCACGGACAGAUCUCUGCGGGCUCGCAACCGCGAACCGUUACCUCAUCUUUUCUCAUAAGAGACAUUCUAGCAGACUGCAAGCCGCUAGCCGCGUGCGCCCCGUACUCGAGUAACGGGCUGCCAACUCAGGAGACCGGAAGACUGGCUUCUAAAAUAGCAGACGACUUCAUGGACAAAAUCCACAGCAACUCAUCUUCCGACAGCGAAUACAAAGUAAAAGAGGAGGGAGACAGAGAGAUCUCUAGCAGCAGGGACAGUCCACAUCAGGCCCGGUUGAAGAAACCCCGGAAGGCGCGAACGGCCUUCACCGACCAUCAGCUGGCCCAGCUCGAGCGCAGCUUUGAACGACAGAAGUACUUGAGCGUGCAAGACCGGAUGGAGUUGGCCGCUUCUCUUAACCUGACAGACACGCAGGUCAAAACGUGGUACCAGAACCGGAGGACAAAGUGGAAGAGACAGACGGCGGUUGGACUCGAACUGUUAGCUGAGGCGGGAAAUUAUUCUGCACUUCAGAGAAUGUUUCCAUCUCCAUACUUUUACCCCCAAAGCCUGAUGUCCAACCUGGAUCCAUCCGCUGCUCUAUACUUGUACCGAGGCCCCUCGGCACCCCCGCCGGCUUUGCAACGACCUCUAGUCCCAAGGAUUCUUCUGCACGGUUUGCAGGGGGGCAGCGAACCGCCGCCACUCCCCCAGCUCUCCGGUGUGAUUCCGCGGCCAACUCAGCAGCGGUGAGCCGGCCUCUCCAGAUUAAUGGGCUCGUUGGCAAACUGGGACUUCUAAGAGAGAAAACGAUAUAGGCCUAACUGGUGACUAUAAGCCAUGGAGGGAACUUCAUGGCUAAAACUCGAACUUUUAAGUCUACGGGUUUUUAACCUCUAUUAUUUAAAACUAAUUUAUUUGUUCACUAUGCAGUUAAUUUAUGUAGUCUAUUUAUUUUGUUUGUUUUUAAAGGGUUGACCAUAUCAGACAUAUCAAACGGCUUUACUUUAGUGUAGGGCUGUAGGCUAAACCGUCCCUGGGAAGGCACUUUUACCUAUAUGUAUAUUCGCAUUCUGAUUAUUAUGGUUGAUAUUAGGUUAUUACUAUUAUUUACAGUUUCUCAGUCGAAUGCCAUUACAACUUUAGUCAAUAUAGCCUAUAGGAUCUAAAGGAUUUAGUAUGAAUCAUUCUACUUCUUUAGCCUAUUCGCUUAGUUUUUGUUUACCUUUUCGCUACCGAAAAAAACACCAGUGAUAUAAACAUGUAUAUAAGAAUAUUUUGCAUUUAAUUCAAAAAGAGCUUGAUUUAAACAUACAUUCCUUUAUCCAUUUGUGCGUCUUUCUCAGACGAUUCAUAGAGAGCAGUUGGACUAUAGGCUAUCUUCAUUUUACAAAACGAUCAUUUCAAAGUCUAUAAUGAACAAUAAUUGAACUUUCUGAAAUGGAAACCCAAUAACCACAUAGCAUAUAGGCUACAAGGAUGAGAGAAACAGCAAAAUAAAAAAAAUCGAACAAAAUCUAUUUAAUCUAGUUGAAGAUUCAACUGAUGUAGAAGAGACAGUUUGUCCUGGUUUGUGUUCGGAAUCAUUCACUUCACCUUUAAAAUAGGAGUCUAAUGAGUUUUCAUGAACAAGAAAGAUAGCCUAUACACAGAGUCUGUGGUCACUGCAGGUCUAUCUCAAUUUCCUGUGGAUUUGCUAGGUGUAUUUUAACAGACUUUGUGCAUUACUUACGUUAUUUCAUAUGAAACAGUGGAAACCUUGUUACUCUCUUUGGUGAAAAUGUAUAUUACCGAUAUCAACUUGUGGAGUGGUUCUUGUAUGUCCGGAUCGUUUUCCGUUCCUAGCCCGUAUAGUGGACGAACAUUUUGUCAAUAGUCCACAAAAUAGGUUUGGAGUCGAGGGGGGCAUUUGAAGUAAAGAAAAUUACUUUUAUAAAUGUGCAAAUAAAAGUCUU